AUGCCUUACCAAUGGACUGCCGAGCGGGAGCGCCACAUGCUGAUACUCGCGAUUUCUGCUGCAAAUCUGAGGCCUUCAGCUGAUACGUGGCAGCGGGUUGCAGCAGUUUUAGGAGAGGGGUUGAGUCCGUCAGCCGUGAGUCAGAAAUACUACAAGCUGCGGAAUGACAUGGCAAAGGUGGUCGGGGAGCAAGGGGUCGCAACUCCAUCUACGCCAACCAAGCGCAAGGCGGAACCAGAUGACGAGACCAAGACACCUCCCUCCAAGCGAGGUCGAAAAUCCAAGCAAAAGUCUGUCGAAGGUGUUCCCUUUCGCGAGGAGUCCCAAAGCCCUCGGGCAGCCAAGCAUGAGGAAAUGGCGGUGAACAGUCUGGAUCCAUUUGACAGCUACGACGCACCAUUCAGUGCAGCAGCCUAUUUCGCGUCGGAGAACAUGGGGGAACUGAUGAGUGGACAAAGCAGUGGGAACAGCGGUAGCAACAGCUUCAUGGCUUGA